AUGAGGGCCGCGCGUUUUCAAGACGUGUCUACUUUCUCUCGGGUUUCACCAUCGAAGUGUUGUCAGACGAACGCGAGACGACGACGACGACGCGAGCGCGGUUCUCGCCUGCGCGAUUCGGAUAAUGCAAUUGAGGCGACGAACGACGCCAACGAAGACGGCGACGACGGCGCGUUCGUUCAGCAACCGCAAGUAGCGCCCUCGACUUCCGCAUCAGGUGAAAACGAAAUGACAAUUGUAUUUGUCGCCGAGGACGAACUGUAUUCCAUUUUUGUGAAUGCUAAUGAUCAGAAACAGAAGAUACGACCGCAUCGACUCACGACAGCUACGGGAGAGUGCUUUUCACCUCUAAUCUCCAAAUGCGGGACUUUCGUCGUGUUUGCGGCGAUAGAAUAUUACGCCAUGGAACUCUUUCUCGUUCCAACUGAGGGAGGUGCGGUUAAACAAAUCACGUAUAUGGGUGCUGAUUUUAUAAGACCACUUUCUUUUUCGGAUGACGGGAGUGAGCUGUUCUUUGCAUCUUCUUCACAACAACAAACGCCGGACGAAACGGACGUGUAUACGUUACGUCUGGAUUAUAAGAAUCAAGAAAAAAAAUCCGAUAUGCCCAUUGCGAUGCAUCCGAAAAAGCUAAACUUGGGACCGGCGACUGCAUUUGAAGUGAAUGUUGACGGUACAUUAGCUUUGUUUGGUCGUAAUACUCAGGCAACGAGACCGUGGAGGAAGUAUGGUGGCGGAGCCAGCGGAGACAUCUGGAUUGCCAAAAACAGUUGCCCCAAUCCUCAAGGAAAAGAUGGUAAAACAUACACAGACUUUAAACGAGUAGAUGCUUUGGAUGAUUUCUUCACGUUUGUAUCGCAGCCAAAGUGGUUGGACAACUCCGCGAUGGUGUUCUUAGCCGAGUCAAAACAAGGUGAGCGAGGAUUGUGGUCAUUUUCUGUAGCAGACAACGCGCAGAAUGAGCUUUCGCGCCAGCCGACGCUUCUCGUGAAAGACGCGAAUAUUCAAUCGUAUUCUAUAGAACCAUCCGGGAAGUGCACGUAUGCAUCCCGAUGUGGCCAUCUCUACACAGCUGAUUUGAAAAAGGGAAGCGAUAGUAUACAGCAGGUUGCGUUCAAAUGGACCGGACCUAGAAAGCAGCUGGAACAACGAUACGUCACCUCCGAGCACUACGUCCAAGAUUGGGAUAUAGAUCCCGCCGGUCGUUUUAUGACGACGAUUGUACGCGGAGAAGUAAACUCUUUUGGUCUCUGGGACGGACCAGCUUUGAAAUACGCUCCAAUAAAGCCUCGAAAAGAUGAAAAAGAAGAAAACAGUGAAGAUCCUAUGGGUAGCGCUUUAUGCGCAAAAAUUAUGCGCGAAUCGAAUGCGCAGGCGAGGAGUAGGUUCGCGAGGUUCACUUACGACGCGGAACGACUCGUAAUUGUCAGCGAUCAGACAGGUGAGGAUGAUAUAGAAGUACACUGGGAAGAUAAUCGGAGAAUGCCAAAGCGACUGAAUAUUCCUCCCCAAACUCUUGGACGCGUGGAAGAAAUGGUACUAUCGCCGGAAGCUCCACUCGCGUGCGUAGUAAAUCACCGCGCCGAACUCUUAGUAAUAGACAUUAACACGGGAGAGACCAAACUUGCAGAUAAAAGUCUUGAAGAUCGUGGAAUGUAUCAAUGCUCGUGGUCGCCGUGUGGAAACUGGAUAGCCUACACGUUUCGUCGACGAGACGCGGAAGUCAUUAAAAUUCUGGACGUCCGUACCGGGGCAACGCAAACUGUGACAAAACCAAUUUUAGGAGAUUCAUGCGCGUCGUGGGACCCGGACGGACGCUAUCUAUUUUUUCUCAGCGCGCGAGAGCUUCAGCCACAAUACGAUGCACUUCUGCAAGGCAUGAGCUUUCCUCACCUCGAAACCGUGUAUUGUUUGCGUUUACGUAAAAACGUCCGGGAUCCGCACCUGAAAGAGAUUCGCCCGGUGGGAGACGAGUCCUACACUGAAUCCCUCGCUCUCGGCGAUGCAGAUCUAGACGACGAUAAGAAUGAGAACGACGAGGAAGAUGGCAAGGAUAAAAAGGAAGAGGGAGAGGAAGAAAAAGAGGAGGAUAAAGGCAUGAAAUCGAAAUCGAAAGAAAGGAGAGAUAAGGAUGUUAACGGAGAUGACGAAGAUGACGAGGAGGAGGAGGAGGAGGAGGAGGAGGAGGACGCACUCCACGACAAACCGCCAAAUCCUAUUGAGAUUGACUUUGAUGGUAUAGCAGAGCGCGCUGUCGCGCUCCCAUUACCAUUAGGUAGAUAUAGCGAUUUGGUUGCCAUACGACACGAUCGAUUCAUGGUUGUUAAAUAUCCAACCAUAUCGAGCGGAGAAGUCAAUUUAACAAGCAGCGAGGAUGACUUGGACCAGGAACGAGGCGGUUCGCUCAUUUCAUUCGACGUUCGCGAUCUAUCGGCACAAGUUCUCGUUUCUAGUGGAGUCACGGAUGUUCACGUAUCGAUGAAUAAAAAGAUUAUGGUGCUCGAGAAGUCCGAAAAGGGAUACACGUCUGAGUUAACCGCGUAUAAGGCAGGAUCCAAACCAGAGGAUGAAGAUUCCGACGAUCUUUUGUAUCGCACGCGUAAAUCAGGUACAAUAUCUCUCGAUCGUGUGCGAGUAUUAGUUCGCCCAAAAGAUGAGUGGGCCCAAAUGUUAUUAGAAAUAUGGCGACGUGUUCGCGACGAUUUGUUCAUCGACCCGUUAUCACGUGAAGACUUUGAUUGGAAGGAAGCGUUGAGAACGGCAGUGAGUACGCUACCAAGGAUAAAUACACGCGCGGAGUUUGCAGUUGUAGUAUCAGAUAUGCUCAGUGAACUUGGGUUUUCACAUGCGCACGUAUCAAUUGGGGAUGACGGACGGGCUGAACUCGAUCGCGACCAUCAACCUGGUUUCUUGGGAGCGAAUUUCUCUGAGUGGGACGAUUCCCUCGGUGGUUACGAAAUCCAAUCAAUCGUGAAAGGCGACCCGUGGUCGUCACAAAAUUCUGGAUCUUUGUACAGAGCGAGUGCUGAUAUACAGGUAGGAGACGUACUCGGAGCAAUCAACCGAGUUCGUUUAACACCGGAAAAAACUCCCGGAAUGCUUUUAUACGAAACCGCAGGCCGCGAAGUUCUCCUUUCGGUUUUGAAAAAAGAUAGCGGUGAUUUAGUAGCGACACGCACACGCGCCCUGAGUCAAGAACUAGAUCCUCGUUAUCGCGACUGCAUCAAUAAAAGAACAGAGUACGUGCACAAAACCAGCGACGACAAAGUAGGUUAUCUCCACUUGAGUGAUAUGGAGAGACUCGGGUUUUCGCAAUUCUGGCGGUCAUAUCAAACUGAAUCGAUUAAUCAACGUGUUUUAAUCAUAGACUUAAGAGGUAACGGAGGUGGCAAUAUCAGCGCACUCCUCUUACAAACAUUAACGCAACGAGCGCUUGCAAUGGAUGUUCCACGACGAGGAUCACCACUUAUUUAUCCGCCCCGCUCUCCUUUGAGUGUUGGAAUGGUUGCGUUAGUAGAUGAAAAUACUGGAAGUGACGCAGAACUUGCCGCGCACGCGUUUCAGAAACUAGGAAUCGGAUCUGUCGUUGGCGAACGGACCUGGGGAGGGUUGUUAGCGGUGAGCCGAUCAGAUGUCUUAAAUGACGGUUCUGUUCUGAGCAUGCCUACCCAAAACGUAUGUCUCCAAGAUGACGACGAAAAUGAACACAACAACUUGACAAAUUCAGUUGAAAACACAGGCGUCAUACCAGACGUGGAAGUGAAAAGAGCACCUGGUAAUAUGAACGAAGUCGACGAACAACUCGAUGCGGCUAUUCGCGAAGCUCUUCGUCUGAUUGGAGAAAAUUCGUCGAGCUCCUCGAACUUUUUCGGAAAAGCAGUUCCAGCGGCAAAAGAGCAAGAGGUGUCUAUGAGUAACACGUCGCCGUGGGCUUUCAAAACUUUCGCAAAGUUCCCUCCAACACUUGCUGAAGAACUUAAAAAAAAAGUCAAAGCGUUAGAGAAAACGUCAGAUGACUCAGUUGAUGAGAACGAUAAAAAGACGACCGACACGAAGGAAAAGAAAAAGAAGAAGAAAUAG